CGGCGCACGCGCACAGUACCAACCCGACCACCGCCCGCGCGGCCGCGAUGCCCAUCGCAACGACAACCGAUAACGAAACGCAAUUAAAACUAAACUAAAAACACCAAAAACAAAACGCGCGACUACUCGAAUCCAUCAAAAAUUCAAAUUUCGAAUUCAUACUUUUUAAAAUCUCACAACGAGUUGAGCAUAUGGCCAGUCCAAGGAUGUGAACUUUUUUUUGUUUCGGCACAGUGCAUUGAAAUGUGGAUCUUAAGUGUAUAGUGUAAAGUUCAGUUUUAAAGUGUUAAGGAUUAAAAUAAGUUUUUAAAAAGACUGAGCCAUGUGGAGUAUACUUCUAGUCUUGGCGCUUCUAGCGACCGCGCGUUCAAAACAACUCCCGACGUCCACAGAGCUAUCCACAACAGCGAUAGCGAAAGCGACAGACGAGGACACAACGCCAUGGCCCGGCUCUCUCGCUCCCUUAGAUACGCUUGCCGUCGCGUGCGAGCGAGACAGCAUGCACGUGACCAUCACGCUGGCACAUAACUCUGUGUUUGGAGACAGCAUCUACGACACGUUCAACGGCAUAGUGUACCCAGCAGGUCUGGGCAGCAACUCCUCCUGUCUCCGAGAGUACGUAUCAGCCCGGGGAGACCUGCAGUACACCCUGCCUCUGAAGGGCUGCAAUACCAUGUCCACAGACAACAACGAUGGCACCGUAGAGUACUUCAACAACAUCAUAGUUCAGCCCCACCUCCGCCUGGUCACCGGGCAGGGCCGUGGCUACCAUGUACGGUGCAGAUAUAGACGGAGGGACUUGGCACAGUUCCACAUCUACCCUCGAGCUUCAGCGCUUAGCUCCAACACUCUCGAUGAACAAGAGGACUUCGACGAAGACUCCGGUCUGCUGCCGUCCGUUACGAUGAAGAUUUACAAAGGGGACCCGAAAGAUAAACAGGUGGCGUCCAACGUACGGAUCGGCGACACGCUGACCCUAGUGGUGUCUCUAGAGAAACAGAGGCGUUUCGGCCUCCUCGUCUCCGAGUGCUCCGUCAGGGACGGGCUAGGCUGGGCCGAGCAGAGCUUGAUAGCUGACGAUGGUUGCCCGUUAGACGGCGAGAUAAUGGGCAUGUUUCAAUAUGGCGACGAACGGCAGGAUGCACGCGUGUCGUUCCCGGCACACAAGUUCCCAUACACCGCCAGCGUGUAUUACACGUGCGAAGUGAAAUUGUGUGACUUGAACCAUCCCACCGACUGUGAGCCAUGCUCUCACAAGCGGCGCGUGCGCCGGCAAGAAGAAGGCUCGCCGGCCACUGUGGAAGUGUUCUCUGGACUUUAUGUCAACGAGCAAGACUCGCUGGACAACGAGGUCACUAGUGAGAAGAAAGACGACGAGAUCUGCAUAUCGCAGCGUAACUUCGCCAUCGGAAUCUGCAUCGCCGGCGUCAUUCUCAUGGCGUGCGUCAUCGCCGCCAUUGCUUUCAUCCUGGCGCGCAGGCGCGGGAAGAGCCAUUCCGGUAGCUCGCUGUAUAGUGGCCCUUAUACUAAUACUGGGUAUUCACAUGCUAGCUAGACAGUUCCAAACUGUACUUCAAUU